CACCACGCCCACUCCAUCGCCCCUUCUGCGCCUGCGCGCCGCGCAGUCCCGCCCCCUCCUUCGUGCGUCGCUCUGGGGACCAUGGCCGAUCCUCGCGUGAGGCAGAUCAAAAUCAAGACAGGCGUGGUGAAGCGAUUGGUCAAAGAAAAAGUGAUGUAUGAGAAAGAGGCAAAGCAACAAGAAGAAAAGAUUGAAAAAAUGAAGGCUGAAGAUGGUGAAAACUACGCCAUUAAGAAGCAGGCAGAAAUCCUGCAAGAGUCCCGGAUGAUGAUCCCAGAUUGCCAGCGCCGGUUAGAGGCUGCAUAUACCGAUCUUCAGCAAAUAUUAGAAAGUGAAAAGGACUUGGAAGAAGCCGAGGAGUAUAAAGAAGCACGUGUAGUUCUGGGUUCGGUCAAGUUAGAAGCCUGAAAUUUUUCCCUACAGGGUGUUUUUGCAUUAAAUCCUGGGGUCCAUUCUACAAUUCAUUAUUUUUGGCCACUGCUGUGUUUAGUAAUAUGAAAACGUGGUUCUUUUUAUGCAGUUGCAUUUAUUUUUCUUUGCAUAACUUAAUGUGUCAAAUAAAUGAGUUCAACUAA